AUGAGAAUGGUUAUGUUGUGCCAAGACCGGGACAGGACUCAAAAUAGUGUACAUGAUACAAAUUGGAGAGACAAUAUGUAUCACCACGGGAAAGAACUCUGCUUUCUCUUGGCUGUCACUUUGACGUGUUAUGCAGCCCUCCAUAGCCCACCACCCAAAGUAUCGAGCGUUCCUACUCCAGUGCGUUUUCUAAGGCCAAGUACAGUUGUAGAUGACUACUACACAGGAGAACUGAAAACUGCGCUUGAAAAAAUGUCCUUGUCGGAGAUGUCCUUUGUGAUGUAUUAUGCACCAUGGGAUGCAGAAUCUCAAAGAGUAAGGUGGCAUUUUGAAGCUGCUGCCCGCUACUAUCAUAAAGAGAUAUAUUUUGCUGCUAUAAAUUGUUGGCAGCCAGGUAGUGAGUGCCGCCAAACUAACAAAAUUUACACAUUUCCCUUGUUAAUUCUUCAACCCCACAAGUCGCCCGCUCAACAAUACCGUGGGGUUCGUGAGGUAUCACACAUUAUUCGAUACCUGAAAACUGCCCUGCGGCCUCUGAGCGUACUCCAUAAUGAAACUGAUUUAGCCUAUAAAUUGACUGAACAUGACGCUGUUGUAUUAUGCAAUCUAAAUUUUAUGGAAUACAGAGAUGAGGCUGAGAUAGCCUACAAUGUGUUUUAUGAAGCAGCUCGAAAGUUUUCUGAUGUUGACCAGUUGAAUGAUAUUGCAUUCACUGUUGCAUUAAAUCCGGAUAGCAAUGAAUUUGGAGACAUUUCAGAUGUUGCUGUUAUUCAUUUGUUUCUGUGGAAUGAAACUGUUGCUUAUAAAACACCAGUGGACUCAUGGACUGUAGAGUCAAUCACACAGUGGAUAGAAAACAAUCUCCAACAAGCUACUGCCUGGGUUCAGCCUCCUGGAGUAAAAUCAUUAACUUUAUCCUCGUACCUUAAAAGUGGACCUGUUCUUGUAAUGUUCACUCCACGUAAUCCCUUGCUUCGUCAUGUAUACUACUAUAACUUGCUUCGGGAAGUUGCAUUUUCUUUUUUUAACUGUGAUGGUACUGCCUGGAUUAAUGAGUUAACAGAAGCAGUUCAGGUUGUUCGACCAGGGGUUCAGUACCAGUAUCGUAAUCUGUUACAGUCUUGUGCAUCGUGGGCUAGAGGGAUCAAUGAACGAGCAGGUGUUACCCAAGUCUUUUCCAUGAAUAAGCCCGGAGACUCUUUAAUUAGUUUUAACAAUAUAAGUUCUUCUUGUCAGAGUAAAAAAGAAACAGAAAAGCCCUUAUUACCUCCAAGGAGCGGAUUUGAUUAUGGAUACUGUGGUCUUUUAGAUUAUGGAGCAGAUAUUCCAUUGGAAGAAAAAUCAGAAGAAGAUGAACCUAUAUUCCGGAGAUUUUUUAACUUCUUUGGUCUUAUGAAGAAGAAACAGCCUGUUUAUCAGCGGCAUGACUUCCAACGUUUACAAAAGACUAAUAGUGCUAUGUUUAAUGGACUUACAUCAAUGUUAACUGGAUCUGGAGAUUCUUUGUGGGCUGAGGAACUUAAAGAAUGGGCGCAGCUGGAACGCUGUCGGCAGCUGCGGCAUGCAAGACUCCUUGACAAACCCUUUUUCCCUGUUGAAAAGGAACUGGAGCAGGGCAAUCCAGGAGUAAAAGGGCUUCGCUGUUCAGCCAAUAAGACUUUAUCAUUUCUUGCCUUUGAUUCACUACAAUUGCACCAUUUUGCUGAGCGAUUGGGAGUUGAUGUGCUCCAUCGUAAAGACAAAAGUGUUGUUCUAAUUGUUGACCCUCAGUCAGAGGCACAGUUUCUCCUCCAAGGAGAAAUUAACAAGGUCUCCUUGACAAAUUUCAUACGAGACUAUGUUUCAAAUAAUUUGCCCAGAUGGCACCGUACAACGGCCGCCAAGCCUCGAUCUCAUGGAUUUUCAUUGGGACCCACACAGACCAUUCACUUGUCUCGGUAUAAUUCCCGAGAUCCUGGUGACUGCAAUAGUAACAUGGUCUGUGUUGAGGAGUUGAAUUUUUCCAACUUUAGGUCAAAAGUAUUAGAGAACAGGAAGAAUGUCAUUCUUAUGUACUAUACCCCAUAUUGUGCAUUUUGCAAUGCAGUUUCUCAUGUUUUCCUAACUGUUGCCCAUACCCUGAAAUCAGUGAACACUAUUGAUUUUGCUAGAAUUGAUGGUGAUAAUAAUGAUUUACCUUGGGAGUUCACUGUCCACCGGUUCCCAAGCAUCAUUUUCUUUCCCUCAGUUUUGAAAUCUGAAAGUCACAUUUUCCCCCCUUCUACUGAAGUGACUGUUCCAAAUCUAGUUCAAUUUGUGCUUUCGAAUUUGACUCCUGAAGAAAGAGUUUGGACUCUUCUGGUAGUGUGUGAGAAAGGAGCAAAACGUCAACCCCUCUCUUUUCAGGAUCAGCUCAGCGUAGAAAAGUGUAUGACCCAGGUGAAAAUAGAAGUACUUCAGUCAACAAGUCAACUGCUGAAUAAAUAUAGAUCUAUUGUCGCUAAGCUUGGAGAUCAUUCACAGCAGAAAGCUCAUCAUACUUUGCAAAAGUCAUUGCUGAGGCAGCUGUCGGCUCGUCUGCGAUUCUUCCGACAGGCGACAUCUACUCUUAUGUCUGUCUCAUUGUCAUCACAGGAGCACAGUAAGGUAUCUAUUGUGACUGAAACAUUGAAGCAUAUUCGUGACGCAUUCUUCAAGUUGCAAGAAAGCCAAUCUCAGCUUUCGUCUUCAAAAUCAAUUGCUACAGAAGAAAUGUUUAAAUUAAAUGUUGACUUGAAUGAUGUCAAAGACAAGCUUCGUAGUUUGAAUGAAACCAUAGAGAAACAUAAUAGAACAGAAGGUCAUGUUAAACAUUCCCAAGCAAAAGAUGAACUAUAGGUUGCUGUCAAUGUGAUUGUGAUAUACCAUUUAUAUAAUAGUUUACUUAAAUACUUAUUAGACCAAGUUAGCUGAUAAGUGGUUGUUUUUCUUUCAUGGUAUGAGGUGCCUGUGUACUGGUAUUUCAGCUAAAUGCUAUAUUUGGCGUCACUGACUAGCCACCUCUUAUCUUCUGUUCAUUUCAUGUAUUAGUUACUUUAUGUGUGAUACCAUGUUUUAUAAACCGUGAGUACCUGAUCCUCUCAGGGUUUCCAACAACUCAGAAAUUUUUUGUUUUGUAUUAUUUGAUCAAGAUAUUUUGCUAAAUUCAAAAUACGACCGAGUUGUGAUUGUAAAUAUGUAAUUUAUUAGAAAUCAUGGUUUUGAAUUGUUUUAGCAUCAGUCAUGUCACUUAACCUAAUUCAGUUUCAUGACUAAUGCUUUUUGUACCGUGUACAUAUCCACGAACAUUCUAUUGUUGUGUUUUGAUUUUGAGAUAAGACUUUGUGAGAUAUACUCAUUAACUUUCACACCUUCAACUGUUUUGUUGUUGUGGUGGGUUAAACAGUGUCUUCUUUAUUUGUGUCAAAUAAUUUUCCUGGCAAGUAUAGGACAUAGUAUAUUGGUAGUAGUUCUUUUUGUUUGUUAAUCUUGUCUAGUACCUGUUCUUAAUUUAUGAUGCACUUUGAAAAGAAAGGUUUUAACACUCAACAGGGUUUAAUUUUGUUGUAAUCAUGUAGUCAAGGAGAAGAGGUUGGGCAAAAUGUGAUUGUAUUAUUGUAUUAUUUAUUAGUUCUUCUGUUUUACAAAAUUACAACUAAGCAUCCUGCUUUUUUUUUGGACAACAGAUCACUUAUUCUUAAAGUUCAACAUAAAAGUGCUUACAAGAAACAAGUUAGAUGCUAUUACAUAAAUUCCUCAAUCUUGUAGAACUCCUCCUCUAUCAACCAGGCUCUAAAUUCUUUCUUGAAUUUUGAGUCCCUUUCCUUGUUCCUUAUUUGCUCUGGGAUCCUGUCAAAUACUUUAAUAGCAUUACCAAUUAUGGAGUUCUUAUUAGUAUUACUUAGGAAGCUCUUUACUCAGGUAUCGUUGCUGUGUUGAAACUGUAGACUUCUAAUUUUAUUAUUGAAGGGUAAGCAUUCACUCGUAUAAUUACCUCUACAGUCUUUCUCGACGUCCAUAGACAACCUUACCGCCUACUUGUUCUUUCUGUAGAUUUUCUGACACCAUUCUUUAAGCAAAUAUGGAUUUUUCCAUUUCUCAAUGUUGUUACAAAACAUAUGAGAGAAAAUGAGCAAGUAUGCCAUUGGAACCUUAUUUCUACCAAGGGACUGAACAAUUUGUGACAUAAAAAACAGAGCAGUGUUGACUUUUAGUAAUAGGACUUAUGUAAGUGUAAACUCAUAUAGAGAGAGUUCAUUGAAAUUUCUUGUUUAUUUGUAUCCCGCUUUUACUUUUGUUAUGUUUUCAAGCCUUUUCUUUUUUUUCUUUUCUUUUUUUUUAUAAUUGCUUUCUGAGGCCUGUUUUAAAGAUAUUGAAAUUUGUUGUUGAAAUUGUGGCUUGUUUCAUAUUUCUAUGUGCCUUGGCAGUUACUGGGAGCUUUCAGUCAUAAAAUGUGGUCAGAAAAAUUAUUAUCUGUGGUUGUACUGUGAAGAUUCAAUUUUCAAUUUUUGCUAUAUGUUGUAUACUCUGUGUAUACUGGUUAGAAAUAUUUAUUUCACAUGCCAAUUUCUGUGAUAUGAAUCCAAUGAAGUCAUAAUUUAAGUUUGUCUGAAGUUUCAGAUAGGAUUAAAGGUAAAUUUAUGUCAUCA